AUGGCGCUGAGCAGAGUUCGCCUGUUCCAGCCCCACGGGGAGGGCACCCGGCUGCUGCCCCAGGCAUCCAGGCUGGUGGAGCUGCCCUACUCCUCCUUUGAUGACGAUGAUGACGACGACGACACGGCCGAGCAGGACCCCGGGGUGUGGUACCCCGACCCCCCCAAACUGAGCCCCUUCAGCCGCUGCGUGCGCUACCUGGCCUUCCUCUGGAACCUCCUCUUCCUCCUGCUGGGGCUGCUGACUCUUGCUGUGGGGGUCUGGGGGCUGCUGGCCAAGAACCCCCUGCCUGGGGGGGAGCGUGGGGUGCCCCUGGGCUCGGACCCCAUGCUGCUCUUCGUGCUGGCAGGGCUGGGGGCCAGCAUCGUGUCCCUGGCCGGCUGCCUGGGCUCCUUCUGCACCAGCCCCUGCCUGCUGCGCUUCUUCCUGGGUGCUGUGCUGGCGUUCGGGGGGCUGGAGGUGCUGGGGGGGCUCCUGCUGCUGCUGGCACGGCGGCAGCUGCGGGACGCGCUGCGGGACCUGCUGCUCCUCUGCCUCCUGCGCUACCAGGAGGACCCCGACCUGCAGUUCCUGGUGGAUGAGGUGCAGCGGAGCCUCCAGUGCUGUGGCCUCGAGUCCUAUCGUGACUGGGAGAGCAACCCGUACUUCAACUGCAGCGCCCCGGGCGCGCAGGCGUGCGGCGUGCCGGCCUCGUGCUGCCAGGACCCGCUGCAGGGCGGCUCCGUGCCCAACGCGCAGUGCGGGUUCGGGGUGCUGGGGCUGGGGGCGGCGGGCGGGGGCUGUGGGGCUGCGCUGGCCACGUGGCUGCAGCGCCAGGCCGGGGCCAUCGCCGCCGGUGCCGCCGCCCUGGUGCUGGUGGAGGCCGUGGGAGCGCUCCUGGUGCUGAGGGUGCUUGGGGAUAUCACGGCUGUGAGGGUGUGGGAGUGA